CGGCGACACAUGCGCAGUAUGGGAAUGGCCCGGGUGUUGUGAUCCAGCUGAAGGGACUGGGAGAUUCCAGUAGACGUUGGAGAUUUCCUUUGCUCUGCUCCAGCAAUAACAGCAAUGCCAGAUACCUGACAUGAAGACUGUAAUGGGGUCUGCUGGUGUACUGUCUACUUCCAUGAUGACCUGUUCUGCCCCAUCACACUUCCCUGCUUCAUGCAGCUGAUGGUUGAGUCGUUUAAAGGGUACAGAAAAGAAAAAUGGCUGACAGUUUGAAAAGUUUCCUCCAGGACCUAGUGCGGGGUAUUAAAGACUCCAUUUGGGGAAUAUGUACCAUUUCCAAGCUGGAUGCCCGGAUUCAGCAGAGGCGAGAGGAGCAGAGGAAAAGACGUGCAAAUAGUGCGCUGGCCCAGCGCAGAGCCCAAAGCGAAGAGAGAAAGCCAGAGAAUGAGCCUCGCAUCGUCACCAGAAUUUUUCAGUGUUGUGCUUGGAACGGCGGAGUCUUCUGGCUAAGUCUCUUCUUGUUCUACCGAAUGUUUAUCCCCCUGCUGCAAUCAGUCACUGCAAGAAUAAUUGGUGACCCGUCCUUGCAUGGAGAUGUCUGGUCCUGGCUGGAGUUUAUCCUCACCUCUGUGUUUAGUGCGCUCUGGGUCCUCCCCCUCUUUGUCCUCAGCAAAGUGGUCAAUGCCAUCUGGUUCCAGGACAUUGCAGAUUUGGCUUUUGAGAUGUCCGGUAGAAAAGCACAGCCCUUUCCCAGUGUCAGUAAGAUCAUUGCUGACAUGCUGUUUAACCUUCUGCUGCAGGCUCUUUUCCUCAUCCAGGGCAUGUUUGUCAGUCUCUUUCCAAUAGAAGUGAUUGGACAGCUCAUCAGUCUGCUGCACAUGUCUCUGCUCUACUCCCUCUACUGCUUUGAAUACAGAUGGUUCAACAAAGGGAUUGAGAUGCAUCAGCGUUUAUCGAACAUUGAGCGUAACUGGCCUUAUUACUUUGGCUUUGGUUUGCCUCUCGCUUCACUCACAGCCAUGCAGUCAUCUUAUAUCAUCAGUGGCUGCCUCUUCUCCAUUCUCUUCCCUCUCUUUAUCAUCAGUGCAAAUGAAGCAAAGACACCUGGGAAGGCCUACCACUUCCAGCUGCGUCUCUUCUCACUGGUUGUUUUCCUCAGCAACCGGCUCUUUCACAAGACUGUGUACCUGCAGUCCAGCCUGAGCACCACUACCAGCCCUCACCCGUCUCCUGCCAAACACAAGGCCACAUUGGGACAUUGAUUUGAGGAAAAGUCCGUCCCGUCGACCGCCAUGUUUUUAAUUCUUUCUGACUGGCACAAGUGUUCUGUCUGCCACUCUGUGUUUUUUCUUUUUGUUCCUCUCUUUAUUGAUGGGACCCCCCCAGUCCUGAGACUUUUGCACGUUUGUAAAACUUUUGCGUGUGUCAAACUAGUGCAGCCCUGACCUGGAUUAUCCACUUUUUACGGUUUGUAAUAAACUCUUCAAGAAUCAACCAGCCGUCUCCAAGUCCGGCAAAUAAGCUAUCUCCCCAAACCCACCCAACAGAUCAGAGUGACCCAGUGUACAUAUUUCCUUACCUAUCUGGAGAAACUGCACAAGAUUCAACCCCCCCUUUUCCUGUUGGUGAAUUAAUCUAGAAAGGAAGUUCUACAUGAGAUUGAUGAAUCCUUUAUGGACUGACCACAGUUGUGACUGUGGAUAAGCCCACAAUCGAGCAAUUUUCUGUCUACAGUGAAAUUCAGUCUGCUGCAUCGUCCCAGACUGGAUUAUCAGAAGAACCGAAAAUGAUGGUUAUUUAAUUUUUUUAUUUUAGUUUUGGAUAUCCAGUAAUUACUAAGCACUUGGGCUUCAUCACUCAGGGAUGGAAGGGGUUAAUUACUGUUUUUAAUACCUUGAUGUUAAUUAUUUGUGUCUAAUUGAGCUAUGGACAAAAAAGAAAACAAAAAAAAAUUGUCUACAUCUGACCAUUUUGUGAUUUAAAAAAAAAAAAAAAGCAGCAAAUGAACAAUUUCUAUGU